GCCUCGGUUGGCUUUGUACGAGGAGGCGCUGCUCUCAACCUCGUUUUCUUACCGAAGGGUUUUCCGCUCCCCCCCCCCACCCGAUGUAUUUCAUCACUCGUUUAAUCGCACAGCUAAUCACACGACUAAUUAAACAACGCACGCGAUUAUUUAUAGUCGGGGUUCGUACGUUUUGACACGAGGAAGCGCGGACGCCUGGGCAGAUUUGGGACUAGCCUUGUCGAUUUGUGCUAGGCCCUGGUGACUUUUUAUUUUAAAUGUGAAGAAUAUUUUUUGUUUAAACGAAAAAAAAGAUAGUAUUUUAUAUUGAGCGUAUAGCGUCGUGGGGUUUUAUUUUAAAUACGAGUUUGUUGUUGAAAUGACUGAAGUAACGCCCGUGAAAGUUAUACAUUGCAGCAGCCAAGACACGGUUGCCACUGCUGAGAACCUCCUUAAUACGGAUGCAGACAAACCGUGGAAAAGUAGAAGCUAUGGAGAAAAGCAAAUCAUUGUAACACUACAGUUUGAAAAACCAGAGCAAAUACAUGCUGUGGAAAUUCAAAACAAUGGGUCUGCCUUUGUGGAAGUGCUGGGUGGCAACGUCAAGUCCUUUGAUCAAGAUUAUGAGGUGAUUUGUGCCAUGUCAUUCUUUAUGAGCCCUGGAGAGAGUAAGCGAGCUCAGAACACAGAUAGGGUGCGCAUAUUUGGCCCUGAGAAGCUGUGUCGGCCUGCAGCUGAUAAGCAAUUUGAGACUGUGAAGAUUGUUUGCACCCAGCCCUACACUAAGAAUCUCAAGUUUGGCUUGGCUUGCAUAAAGUUUUACUCUCCUCCAGAGCCUGGCACCAAGUGGACUGGUCCAAGCACCUCCCAUCUGAAAGACUCCCCUAGAGGGAAAAAACUUGCAGGUUUUAAAAUUAAAGAGGAAGAUGAAAGUGAAGAUAUAAAGCCAGGGGCAUUAUUCUUUGGCAAGAGCAGCCCUCCAGAUCAUGACUCUCCAAAAGCUAAAAAUUCUGGACCAAGCUGUACAACACCGACUCUGACAACUGAACAAUCGGAGAGUCCAGAGGGAUCACCCAGUGCCAAGCAGCUUGAGUUCAGUGGAAGCAAACAGUUCUCAAAUAAGACCAACUCAGGGAAAAGAAAGGCUGAUCACACGGGCGAAACAACACCUAAAAAGCAACGAACAACUCCCCCUUCGGCUAAAAAAGACGCGCCUGAAUCAUCACCUAAAACUAAAGGUGGCAGCAGUGCACCCCUUUCUCCAGGCAGUCUUAAGGCAGGAGACCCCUGGCCAGCAAAGGGUUCCAGAAAGGACUUUUCUCAGCCAUUUACUAAGCAGCCAACGCCCGUGAAACACAGCUCGGCCUCCCAGGGCACAUCGGGGGCUUCUCGGGGUCCUGAGGGUGGCGGAAAGGCUGUGGAGUUUGGGCAGCUUCUGCGAGGCGUGGCGUUCGUGCUGAGCGGCUUCCAGAACCCAUUCCGCAGCGAUCUCCGUGACAAAGCCCUCGCCUUGGGGGCCAAGUACAUGCCUGACUGGACGGACAGCAGCACCCAUCUCAUCUGUGCGUUUGCCAAUACACCGAAAUACAACCAAGUCAAGUCACAGGGUGGAAUCAUAGUAAGCAAAGAGUGGAUUUUGGACUGCUACAAACGGCGGCAAAAACUCUCCCACAAGAGGUACCUGUUUGAUGGCGCUUCCAGUGAAGAAGAAGAUGACGAUGAAGUGGAAACAACUGCAGGAAAAGAAAGCAGCAGCUCAACGCCUGUAAAGAAGCAUGCAAAUGGCCAAGGGACAUCCCAGAAGACCGCAGGAAUCCACAAAGAAGCGGAGAGUGAUGAGGAUGAAAAGAGGGGGCAUCAGGAGACAGAGGAGGACAUCUAUGAUGCAUCCACCGAUGAAAAUACGGAUACCGAAGAGAACGGCGCAAAGUCAUCAAAAUCCAACGGAGAUGAGAGUGAUGAGAAAGAGUUUCCAAUACCAGAACUCCCGGACUUUUUUACAGGGAAACAUUUUUACUUCUACGGAAAUUUCCCAGGCAACGAGAGACGCACACUGUGCCGAUAUGUGGUUGCGUUUAAUGGGCUACUGGAGGACUACAUGAACGAGCGCGUGAACUUCGUCGUCAGUGCUCAGGAGUGGGACGAUAAUUUUUACGAUGCCCUGACGGAAAACCCUAACUUGGCGUUUGUGAAGCCCCAGUGGAUUUACUCUUGCAACAGCAAGGGGAAGCGUCUGCCACACCAGCCAUUUGUAGUCAUCCCCCAAGAGUGAUGCUGCCGACGGGCAAGAACACGUUCCUCUUUUCUGAGAGAACGUCACGGUGACGCAGCAUAACGACCUUGACGCAAAGUGGCAGAGGACAUGGGAUUAACAAACACGUGUGUCCAGAAACGUCUGUGUUGUCGAAGCAAAAUGCUGUUACUCCCAACAUUUGAUUUAAAAGAAGUAAAAAAGAAAAUACAAUAGGGGAAAGCAAUCUUUUUUUUUUGGGGGGGGGGGGGGGCGGGUUAUUUUUUGUACAAAAUGACAAAGCGCUAAAGUAUUUCUACUAAGUAAUGAAUUGCAAAAACGAAAAAAAAAUGUAUUCAGCAGAUUCUGUCAACCAAUUGUAUUGUUCUGUAUGCAUGAAAAAUUAAUACGCCCUCGUUUUUUGUGUAAUUCAAUAUGCAGAAGUUAAUCACUCGUGAAUAGCGUUCACACAUUGCAUCGCGUCCCUUUUGUGGAUGUUUAUGGCAUAUACCUCAUCGUCACAGUUCUGUCAACACCUGGUCGUGGUCGAGAAAGGCUUUUCUGUGAUAAUGAGUUCUGAGUGGAUUAGCAUAGAAAGCCAACACAGAAUAACAUUCACCGCUAUUGAGAAAGACACUUUGUGUUGUGGUUGCAUAAUGGAUUAUUUCCAUUAAAAGUUGUUACCAACAAGUUGCACGGUACUCCAUUAGCGUUUAGGUACAUGGAACCAAUAUCAAUGAGUUAAAAGCUGGGAUAGAUCAUUUUCUGUAUUGGUCGUUUUUUUUUACCAUUUAAAAAAAGUUAUCUCUUAAAAAAAAUGUAAUCAUCAGCUGUCUGCUGAAUGAGGACCCCUCCCCCCAAGCUACCAUCAUCCCUCGUGAGAUCCUGUGAUGUAAAACUCCACCUCAUCUAGUAUUUAAAGAAAUACAAUUGCUGAGCAUAAUAAGUAGGCUUUAAAAGAAAAAAAAACCCAAUGUAUUCAAUUAACUUAAUUACCUGCAAAUAUUAUUUGUAAACAUACCACACUGUUGAAGGAGUGCAUCACAUUUCCCCGGACACAUCAAGUGGCAGUUUAUCCACUCGUAUUUCUUGUUUGAUUUUCUGAAUUUCAAUUAAAGCUGUAGAAACACUUGUGCAGGUGAACUCCACGUGGCAAGGCUGUCUUUAGCUUUGGCAUGCCCAAGAGGUGGUGUUAUAUAAGUUGUGGCCCAAGUAUCUAAGUGUUGGGGUCGGUAUCUUAUAAAGUGCUCAUCUCUUGUAGAUGUAGGUCCCUUCGUCAGUCCACUGCAAGGUGAAGGCCUCUCCAUGCCAUGUUGGUAUUCUGAGUUGUUGGACCAUACUUCACUAUGCUGGUCAGUGCGGAUUGGUGAAGUGGUUGGGGGUGGGGGGGGGCAUUGCAGGAUUGGAUCACAUAUCACUCGCCGCUGAUGGUAGCUGUGGCCGGGAAUCAAAAUCGGGUCGCUGAUUUGUAGCGCACUGAGCUAAUCACUGCGCCACCAUGUCACCCGGUCAAUUCUUGAGGCCACAGUUGUAUCGUAGGUGUGUUUUGAUACAUAAAGUGUUUACAUUGCGUUUCUUUACGUCUGAAAGCGUGGCGUCAUUUUUCUAUACACGUAGUACAGUAUAUGUAAGCUAUGAAAAUACGCUUUGUCACGAAACGUGUUUUUCACUGGACUUUAGGACGUCAUGACUAAACCUGAAUGUGUGCGUAUCAUUUGGAAUGUCUGGAAAUGCUGUAUUAUUUUAAUAAACUGCAAGGUGCGCUUUCAAAGUUUA